AUGGACGAUACACUCGACGAUAUCCUACGACUGCUGAGCCAGAUUGAGCAUAACCAACCCCUCACAUUCAUUUUCGACUCCCCUCAGCUUACACCCAUCCAUGAUGCCUUGAGACGAAUAGCAGACCAAAAGUCAAAGAGCCUGGCUACCUCCUAUGGAUUUUAUUCUGACCAAACCCCACCUCCUGAUGAGAAUGAUAACGAGGAUCAAUACUCCCGGAUUUCAUCUCAAUAUACCUUGGCCCCACCCACAGACAAACCAGAAUCUUUUGUUUCUUGUCAAUCAUUGGAUGGUAUCUCUGAACAGGCAUGUUCAUGUGCAGAGGAGGUUACGCGAGUUUCAAGGGCAAUCUCCCAGGGUAGACUAGACCAACGCUUAUUACAUUGCCCUUUUCACUCGGUGUCACAAUUCACAUGUGCUUACAACACUAUGGCGGAACACUUGGAACAAGUUGUUCUGGACAUCAUCAAUAGUCUCACCGAUACAUGCCAUCAUGAAACAACACUUGUCGAAAGGCAUAAAAAUGACCAAGUCCUUCUUCCUACCGGACAUCUAAAAGGUGCCUGGCUUCGGCUGGCAUGUCAUGUCAAUAAACUUUCACUUGAUUAUCAGAAUACCGUUAAACAGGUUACACGUGUUUCACAAGCAGCACAAGCAGCACAAGCAGCAUUAGCAACAGCGGAAAGGGCGGCGACCGAGACAACAUUGUUGUCUGGGAAUUUUUUGAACUCUGUUGAUCAAAAACUACAAAAUAACUUUGGGACUCUUCAAUCCACCAGCACUACAGCAUUAUUAUUUCCCAACAGCAAUAAGAGUAACUAUAAUAAUUCUCAUGUGGCUGAAAAUCGAAAAGACUUUCACGAGCUUGGAACUAAAAAGACAAAGGACGAUAACAGUAACAAUGAUGAUGAUGAGUAUCGCAGUCUGGCUGAAGAAAUCAAUUUUUUGGCGUCCAGUAUUACAACAGAUGUGACGGCAAUGACCGACAAUAUCCGGGCAUUUGAGUCCUCCGAUGGUGGUGAUGAGUCCAAUCAAAAGUCUUCUCUUGGUUCUCUUUCUUCAGUUCGGAAAGGAGAAUUCUUUAACAAGAGAACAAUCAACACAAUGGCAGAUCAGCUUGAGAAUAUUACAAAUAAAGUCACACGGGUAGCACCCAAGAUAUGUAUCCAAAAAGAACUGGAUCAUUAUCAAACUCCCCAUACAGGCGAGACCUGGAAAGAUUUGACGGAUGACACGAGCCAGAUGACAUUAGCAGAAGCAGCAGAAGCAGCAGGAGCAGCAGGAGCAGCAGGAGCAGCAGGAGCAGCAGGAGCAGCAGGAGCAGCAGGAGCAGCAGGAGCAAAAGCAAGUCUGACGCUUCAGAUGAAAGAUAUCGUACGAGUAUCUAGAGCAAUUGCAAACGGUGAUCUUUCACAAAAGGUCACUGUAGAUGUGUGCGAUGAAUUAUUCGAUCUCAAAUCUACGAUCAAUACAAUGGUCGAUGCACUGAGAACAUGGACAGGUGAAUUGACAAGGGUCACAAAAGAAGUUGGUGCACAAGGCGGUUUAGACUCCAGAUUGGAGGUUGUCGAUGUCAACACAAAGGCUGACAGCCUAACAACACACCUCUGGGAUCCACCAGUCUAUUCAAAACCAGUAGUUCAAAAGAACCUGACCGAAGCAGUUACUGUAGAUGUUCGAGGAGAGAUUGCAGAAUUAAAGGAAACCAUGAAUAAAAUGGUUGAUCAACUCCAUAUGUUUUCGGCAAAGUCUCAAUCUCGAAACAAGGUUAACAAUACUGAUGACGAAAGAACUGCCGAAAAUCCAAAGACUACAGCCUCAGACUAUGUUGUACUAAACAUACCAAACGAUGAUAAUAAUGACUAUGAUUACGAUUAUGGUUAUGGUUAUGGUUAUGAUGAAAUAAGUAUAGGAUCGACAGGAAAAACUGCAGUUGAAAUGUCAUUGUUUGCUAAAGAGGUGACACGCGUGGCUAGGCGGGUGCACAGUAAAGGUCGACUUGGCAGACAGGCAAUUGUUCAAGGUGUAGACGGCAUGUGGAAAGAACUAGCAGAAAAUGUGAACAUGAUUACAGGCAAUCUGACAAGCCAGAUAAAGACCAUCACAGCCAUCACAACCUCAGCUGUUCACGGAGAUCUGUCUCGAAAGAUUUCAGAUGAAGUACGAUGUGAGAUUAUGCAACUCAAGGAUACAUUGAAUGCCAUGAUGGCCCAACUACGGGCAUUUGCAUCCGAAGUAACCCGCGUAGCCCUUGAUGUUAACACAAAAGACGUAUUACAGAAAACCAAACGGCCAACCGAGACAUAUUGCAGAGUCUGGAAACGAAUACUUGCGGACAUCAAUACUUUGGCAGUCAACCUAUCCACUCAACUCAAGCUAUUUUCCCAAGAUUCUGCGUUUCCAAACAGACCAUUUGAAGUAGGAGUAGAAAGAGGGCCAAGAGUUGGAGGAGUAGGGGUAGAAAGAGGAAUUAGAGGAUUAGGAUUAGGAUUAGGUUUGGGAGUAGGAGGAAUACGAGGAAACACUGGUGAAAUCGACAGCAUGAAGACCAAGAUCAAUCAGAUGGUCCAGUCUUUACUCGACUCUCUGCACCGCAAUACAUGUGCCAGAGAAGCGGCCGAGCUGGCAAACAAGAGCAAGAGCGACUUCUUAGCAAACAUGAGCCACGAGAUCCGGACACCAAUGAACGGAAUCAUCGGUAUGACGACAAUGGUGCUCGAAACAGACCUAAAGCCGAGCCAGCGCGAACAACUGUCGAUUGUAAAGUCACUCGCGCUUGAGCUGCUGGUGAUCAUCAAUGACAUCCUGGACAUCUCCAAGAUCGAGUCUGGCCAAUUGACGAUUGGUGCCACACCGUUUUCUCUACGGGCCAGUUUGUUUGGACUGAUCAAGAGUCUGGCUUACAAGGGAAAGGACAAGGCCAGUCCUGAGGUCGAGGUCUUUUAUGAGGUCGACCAGCAGACACCGGACUGGAUGGUCGGCGAUUGCCAGAAACUCGUCCAGGCCUUGACGAACCUGAUCAAGAAUGCGUUCAAGUUUACGUCCAAAGGACAGGUCUGUCUAAAGAUCCGUCCCCUAGCACGACGACAAGAUGACCAGGUGGCGGUACUGGAAUUCUGUGUUAGUGACACUGGAAUUGGAAUAUCAGCAGAUAAGCUUGCAGGUAUAUUUGAUAUGUUUAGUCAGGUCGACAGCAGUUCUACCCGUAAAUAUGGUGGUACUGGAUUGGGCUUGUCGAUCAGCAAACGUCUUAUUGAGGCCAUGGGAGGAACAAUUUGGGUUAAUUCUGAGCCCGGGGUGGGGUCUCGGUUCUAUUUUCAGGUCCCAUUUCAACUAGGCGAUCCAAGUCAAGAGUGGAGUUUGCCGGACCAGCGCACAGCCCGGCGCAUCCUGUACAUACAGAAGCAGCACAAAGAAAAAGAAGAAGAAGAGGAAGAAGAAAGAGCCGAGGGAGAGCGGGCGAUGAUGGUGCACCAAUGCGGACGUCUAAACACAACCGUGAUCUGCGGACUGCUAAGCCCCUUUACUAAUGAUGAUAUUUCUAAUACUGCUGCUCUUUGUGGUGCUGGUACUGGUACUGACACCGAUAUUGGUGGUACUACCAUUAAUACUUCUGCUAGUCGUGGUACUGGUGAUAUAAAUGAUAUACGGGUGAUAAAAAAUUCCGAGACGAACAAUUCGGUUUCCCUUUUCCUUGAUUACCAAGAUAAUGAAAGAAAUAAGAAAAAUCAUAGUCAAGACGAAUGGGCCUUUGACGGGGUGAUCGUCGACAGCGUGGAUCUGGUGACACAUAUGCGUGGAUUGGAUCGGAUCCGCCGCCACACGCCCAUUCUGGUUGUAUCGCCGACUCUGGAACGCCUGGACAUCAAGCAGUGUGCGGGCCUGGGUAUUGAAGCCUGUCUUCACAGAAUCCAUGAAUUUGCCAGUCUUGGAACGGCGCUUGAGAUACUGUUUAGUAAUUCAAGUGUGGGGGUGUCUCCUAUUGAACCUCUUAAUAUUGACAGCGUUAAUCAUGACAAUAAUAAGGCAACGGAUGUCAUGAAGGAUAAAGAGAAAUUGGGGAUGACCGAGAGACGAAAACUGUCUGUCUUGCUUGUCGAAGAUAAUCUGAUCAACCAAAAGGUGGCCGUCCGUAUGCUAGAGAAAGCCAAACAUCGGGUCACGGUUGCCCAGAAUGGAAGAGAGGCUGUCGAUCUUCAUGCGAACAGUAGCAGCAGUAGAUUUGAUGUCGUGCUGAUGGAUAUCCAGAUGCCGGUAAUGGGAGGGUUCGAAGCUACCGAAUUGAUCCGGAAACGUGAGGGCGAAACACACACCCGAGUGCCGAUCAUUGCUCUCACAGCACAUGCCAUGAUCGGCGAUAGGGAGAAAUGCCUAGCCCAUGGGAUGGAUGACCAUGUCAGCAAGCCUAUUAGACUUCAAGAUCUUUUAUCAGCAAUUGAUCGAUUCUGUAUAGAUGGAUGGAUGGAUGGAUGGGUUGACGAUCGUUUUAGGGCUCCAGAAAAACCAAGCUUACCCUCUAUUCAGUUCUUACUGCAACAAGACGCCUGUCUGCCAAGUCCAAUUCCGGGUUCAGGUUCAGGUUCAGGUUCAUGUUCAGUAGGUGGAAAGAGGACACCUGCUCAGAGACAUCAAGCCAGUCGCAGCUUCAGUGGAUUGAGUAGCCUACCUAGCGAACUACAGAACCUGUCUCUUCAGCAACCCUAUCUCGACAGUGCUUGGGGACAUGCUCCAUCAGUGCCACAACUGCCACAACUACCACCACUACCAAUAUCGUCCUCACUCAAUAGACCCGUUUUGCCCCCCGCCCUUCCCGCCCUUCCGCCCGUCACACACACACACAAUCAUCCCACUCAUUCCACCCAUUCCACCCAUUCCACUCAUCACGAUCACUUGACUGCUCUUGCCAGUAGACGGCCGCCGGGCGCCAGUCAUGGCCGGUCAUUUUCCGACCAUUCACUCUUCACCCGACCCUCACACCAGACUCACCGUAGAGCAGCCUCUGCAAACACUGCCGACAUUUAUCAAAAGCCUUAUCCUAUUCGCCCAUACACCACCACAACAACAACAGCAACAACAGCAAACACAAAUACAUUCAAUAGCAUCAAUAACAUUAAUAUCAAUACACCUUCGACUAUCAGCAGUGCUGGAUCCUGCUCUCCGUCCGAUCAAAGUCAUCUUACCCCUCUAUCCCCACACCAGGGUUUGUUUGAUGCCCUAAACAUGCAGGAAAAAAAGCCAGCAGACACAGAAGAAGAGUCUCUGGGCCGUUACUGCUGCACCUUUUGUCACAAAAAGUUCUCCAGACCAUCCUCACUUCGCAUCCACACAUAUUCUCACACAGGCGAAAAGCCGUUUGUAUGCACCGAAGAAAACUGCGGUCGUAAAUUCAGUGUCCAGAGUAACAUGCGGCGACAUCUCCGAGUUCACCGUCUUGGCAAAUCUACAAAGCCCAUUCCUACCACCACAAGCAAUAUUAGUACUGCCAUUACCACUACUAAUGCUGUUAUUACUUCUGCUACCACUAGUUAAAAAAAAACACGCAUAUUUUUUUUUGCAUCAUCCUCUUCCCUCUCUCUCUUUCUCUCUCUCUCAUUAUAUAUUUUUGUGUGCGUGUAUAUGUAUGUACGCAUGUAUGUCUUUACUUCCUUACAUACAUACAUACAUACAUACACCUUUAUAUUUAUAUAUUUAUAUAUAUUUAUCCUUUCUCUAUACUUUCACUAUCAUCUUUACUUUUUUAUUUUUCUUUCUCUUUUAUAAAUCAUCUCCUGUAUAUUCCGGACACUUCUUGUACACUCUUAUAAUAAACAAUGACCAAACAUAUUCUCACUCUAUAAACA